CUGGCCAGCCCACCAUGCACGCCCACUGCCUGCCCUUCCUCUUGCACGCCUGGUGGGCCCUACUCCAGGCGGGUGCUGCGACGGUGGCCACUGCGCUCCUGCGUACGCGGGGGCAGCCCUCGUCGCCAUCCCCUCUGGCGUACAUGCUGAGCCUCUACCGCGACCCGCUGCCGAGGGCAGACAUCAUCCGCAGCCUACAGGCACAAGAUGUGGAGGUGGAUGGACAGAACUGGACGUUUGCUUUUGACUUCUCCUUCCUGAGCCAACAAGAGGAUCUGGCAUGGGCUGAGCUCCGGCUGCAGCUGUCCAGCCCCGUGGACCUCCCCACUGAGGGCUCACUUGCCAUUGAGAUUUUCCACCAGCCAAAGCCCAACACAGAGCAGGCUUCAGACAGCUGCUUAGAGCGGUUUCAGAUGGACCUAUUCACUGUCACUUUGUCCCAGGUCACCUUUUCCUUGGGCAGCAUGGUUUUGGAGGUGACCAGGCCUCUCUCCAAGUGGCUGAAGCGCCCUGGGGCCCUGGAGAAGCAGAUGUCCAGGGUAGCUGGAGAGUGCUGGCCGCGGCCCCCCACACCGCCUGCCACCAAUGUGCUCCUUAUGCUCUACUCCAACCUCUCGCAGGAGCAGAGGUGGCUGGGUGGGUCCACCUUGCUGUGGGAAGCUGAGAGCUCCUGGCGGGCCCAGGAGGGACAGCUGUCCUGGGAGUGGGGCAAGAGGCACCGUCGACAUCACUUGCCAGACAGAAGUCAACUGUGUCGGAAGGUCAAGUUCCAGGUGGACUUCAACCUGAUCGGAUGGGGCUCCUGGAUCAUCUACCCCAAGCAGUACAACGCCUAUCGCUGCGAGGGCGAGUGUCCUAAUCCUGUCGGGGAGGAGUUUCAUCCGACCAACCAUGCAUACAUCCAGAGUUUGCUGAAACGUUACCAGCCCCACCGAGUCCCUUCCACUUGCUGUGCCCCAGUGAAGACCAAGCCGCUGAGCAUGCUGUAUGUGGAUAAUGGCAGAGUGCUCCUAGAUCACCAUAAAGACAUGAUCGUGGAAGAAUGUGGGUGCCUCUGAUGACAUCCUGGAGGGAGACUGGAUUUGCCUGCACUCUGGAAGGCUGGGAAACUCCUGGAAGACAUGAUAACCAUCUAAUCCAGUAAGGAGAAAGAGAGAGGGGCAAAGUUGCUCUGCCCACCAGAACUGAAGAGGAGGGGCUGCCCACUCUGUAAAUGAAGGGCUCAGUGGAGUCUGGCCAAGCACAGAGGCCGCUGUCAGGAAGAGGGAGGAAGAAGCCUGUGCAGGGGGCUUGCUGGAUGUUCUCUUUACUGAAAAGACAGUGGCGAGGAAAAGCAAAAGUGCAUGAGUUCUUUACUGGAUUUUUUAAAAACCUGUGAACCCCCCGAAACUGUAUGUGAAAGUUGAGACAUAUGUGCAUGUAUUUUGGAGGUGGGAUGAAGUCACCUAUAGCUUUCAUGUAUUCUCCAAAGUAGUCUGUGUGUGACCUGUCCCCCUCCCCAAAGAUUAGGGAUCACUGUAUAGAUUAAAAAGAGUUCGUCAAUCUCA